CAACCAAGGAAGUCCGAAUCCCUGUCUAGCCACUUCCUUCUUCAUUCAUUCAUUCACAAGUAACAAAACUCUCCAUUAAAGAAGAAGAAGAAGGUGCAGAAAUGGGGAAAGAUCUAAGCGAUGACCAAGUGGCCUCCAUGAAAGAGGCAUUCACUCUCUUCGACACUGACUCCGACGGAAAGAUAGCCCCAACCGAACUAGGUAUCUUGAUGCGUUCUCUUGGCGGAAACCCUACACAAGCUCACCUCAAACAAAUCAUAGCCGAUGAGAAACUCAAUUCUCCAUUUGAUCUUCCUCGUUUCCUCGAACUCAUGUCCAAAUACCUUAAGCCCGAGCCAUUUGAUCGUCAGCUUCGAGACGCAUUCAAGGUUCUUGACAAGGAAGGUACCGGAUUCGUUGUCGUGUCGGAUCUCAGGCACAUUCUCACCAACAUCGGAGAAAAGCUGGAUCCUGCUGAGUUCGAUGAGUGGAUCCGCGAGAUUAAUGUCGGAUCUGAUGGGAAGAUUCGUUACGAGGAUUUCAUCGCUAGAAUGGUCGCCAAAUGAUACGGUGAAAAUGGGGGAAUUGCUGCUAUUAUUAAUUAAUGGAUUUUUCAUGUGAAGGAAAAUAAAUGUCUGGUUUUCCAUUUGCAAAUGUUUUCUCAUCAUUUCACUUGUUUUCUUUAUUAAUUUUAUUAAGGAAUUUGCUUGCUUUUGUUAUGAACAUUUGUAUUUAGGUCAAAUGAAAAAGUGGUUUAUUUGGGCAUAAAAGAAGGGUGGGUGUCACU